CACCUGUGUGUGCACACGUUCCAUCCAGUUGGUGCGGGCAAAACAAUCUGACUUCAUCACUGUUAACUGUAUGUUUCCAAAGUCCAUUGUUACCGGACCACAGUUACUUUUGCCUUGAAUCAUGCUGACCAACACAGGCCCAGUGGCCUAAUGGGGAGGACUGGCAUCUAUUUUUUUUCCCCACUUCAAGCACUGGUGCUAACGGAGCUCAUGCAAUUGCUUUGUGACGAGCGAACGAGUCCAAGAGUCCAAGACUAAAUGCCAAACUCUACUUGUCCAUAAUUGAUGAUGUGAUUGAGAGCAUGAGGGAGCUGUUCAUGGAUGAAGGGCUUGAAGACAGGGUCCUGGAUGAUUUAAGACAUUUACAGCAAAGUUAGAUCAUCUAGUGAGGAAGUAUGCACCAUACCAGGAAGACAGACUGCUGUGUCUUCUGAUGUGCAGCUUUGGGAGUCAAAGAUGAUGCAGUCAAAAGCAAUGGAAGACUUUAGGAAAAACAAUAUCAACUCAUCCAACUUUGUGCUGCAGCUCCCCGCCAACUACAGUCAGACUAAUCAUGAACUCACAGCCUCAGUUGUGAUCCCUGCAAGUCAGAAUAUUCACCGUUUCCCAAUCAAGAACAACUCAGAGACACUUGCUACUUUUUCUCUCCCUGCUGGGUUAUCUUACCCUGUGCAGAUACCAGCUGGAGUCACUCUACAAACAGCUUCUGGUCAACUUUACAAGGUCAACGUUCCUGUUGUGGUUACUCAGGCCCCAGCAGGUCAGCAACCUGUAUCUCAACCCACACAGAAAGUCACUGAGUGGAGAGAAGCGCCUGGCCCUCAGUCAGCUGCAGUCCCACCAAACACUGUUCAUCCUCAGGAGGUAGAGCCAUCGUCUGUUCCAGCUACUUCUGUCACAAAGCCGCCACAUCCAAACUCCAGUUUACCCCCCGGUCAGCAGAGCAGUCUCCCCCAGAAGCCUCAAGUUCCUGCUGCUGAGACCUUGCAGCUUCAGGGGGCCCAAUUGCCAGAGCUCACGCCGGAAAAGAACGAGCUGAGUCCACAACCUGAACCUGUGAACCUCAGUAUGAAUUCCUCACCCUGCAGUCAGCUAUUAGACUUCCAGAUCAGCACGGAGGAGGCUUUGACUCAGGCGUCAAAGACCAGAGACAUUGACGACAUCCUGAAAGAAGUGAUCGAGGAGGAGAGAGAGAAAGCAGAAAGGGCUAGGAGUCUAGUGCCUGCUAAGACUGACAACCAGUCUGAGGCUGUCCUUGGGCUGGACCUGGAUUAUAGCUACAGCCAGCUGUCAGACAUCGUUCAGCUGGAUGGUCCUGCUGACAACUCUGACAUUGAGGAGGAAGAGGGAGUUCCCCUGGAAGAAAAUGACUUUCUGGGUAUAAUCAAUGCAGAGGCCAUAAAGGCUCUGCAGGAAGGAGAUGGCAGCAGUGACGGCAACAGCAUCUCCUCCAGCAGCGACGGCGAGGGGGCAGAUGAUCUCGUUAAUGCAGAGGAAGAGGAUCCUUUGAAUUCAGGUGAUGACGUGAUUGAGCAGGACAUCCCCGAUCUCUUUGACACUGACAAUGUAAUCGUUUGCCAGUAUGACAAAAUCCACCGCAGUAAGAACCGCUGGAAGUUUCAUUUGAAAGAUGGAGUAAUGUGCUAUGGAGGCAGGGACUAUGUGUUCUCUAAAGCUGUUGGGGAAGCCGAGUGGUAAUGCGCUUUAGAUUUCUUGCAUACAUCAGAUAAUCGUGUUGAAAGAAGGGGGAAAAAAAAGGAUUUGAAAGGGCAAAACAAUCAGUGAAUUUAGACCUGUAAUUUAGCUCACGGAGCAGGCUGUUUAAAACACCACUGUCCAAAAUCACUGAUACUUCUGUUUUAGUUUCUUGCAUCAAGUCAUUUACGAUGCUACCAAUUACUUAGUGUUGCAUUUGAAUCCAAUCUAAGGCAAACAACAUGAAUUUAUGUUGUAUAAUAUUGUGCGGAGAAUAGUUUACUUUAUUAGUGGAGCAAAACAUUAUUUGACCUGGACUGUGUAUUCUUUUGUCGUGAUUAUGUUGCUUUGAAGGUUCGUAAUGUGCUAUUUGAUUUUCAAACAUUGUAAUGUCUUGCCUUUAAUCUUGCUUAAAACACACUGAGGUGCACUGUUGUGCUGCAUUUAAUAAACCUUUUUUUUCUUUCUGUGCAACCCUGUACAAAGCCAGUGUUGCCUUGUUGUCAUAUAAGAAUAAAUCAAACUAUUGAAACCAAACACAUAAAA